AUGCGUACUGUGGCUGGAGUUGAGUACAGAGCCAAAGUGCCAGUGCGUGGCGUAAGCGCUGAAGCGGUCCGGAAUCACGACCGUGAUCGGUUAAGCGAUUCGUGGCCUGGCUUGGCAUCGUACCGCUUAUCACGAGUUGAUGACUAUGACUACGAUGGUCAAGGAACCAAGGUCUAUUCCACUGUAUUCUCUGAACAAAUAUGA